CUGGCUAGUGUUGACUAGUUAGAGGCUGUACAGACCAACCUCGAGGUGACGAGGGAGGUAUACAGGCAAACAGAAACAGGUAUACACAACCCCUCCUUGAUGACACGCCCUGCUCCCUUUCACCUCCUGCCAGCCUGCCUCCUACGUAGCUCGAACGCUUUGAUCCGCAACCCUUUGGCCCUUGGGCGGUUUGGGUUCUCGUGCGUCGCAACGGGUUCUUGCGGUCUGCCUACAGCAGGUAUCUGUCGGUCAGUCCAACCGUUCGUUCAGGCCAACCUUGAACGCUCACCCCCUCCCUGCCUGCAGCUCAAACAGCCAGACCCCUAAUUCCCGGACAAAUCACGACGCCGCAACCUCACCGCUCCUGUUGUUUGACGUCCUCGCAGCUGCUGGAUGGGAAUGUCGACAUACAUCCGCCCGCUGUAUGUAUGUAUGUAUGUCUGUAUAUACAUCUGGCGAUAACGGGCGGA